AUGUCUCAAGAUAAACACUAUCAGCUACAGAUCCGUGCAAUCACAGAUGCAUAUUUAAACCAAAUACGCUGCUUUAGAUCAGUCAUAGCUGCACUUUUUAGACUUCAUUCUAUCUGAGCUCACGUAUCUUGAGUAGAGAUGAACACAGUGAUGCACCUGAGGUCAGAUGUGUGCGCUCUAGUGGCGCUCCUGCUUCUGUGUGUCUCAGCACACAGUGACGAUCAAUGCGAUAAUGGAGCUGACAACUGCAAUAAAUGGACUGAAACAUCUCACAAUCGACCUCUAAAUACAGAUGGUGAGGUGACGUAUGAGCAGCUGAAGAUCAUGAUGUCCACCGGAAGCAUCCAGCUCUUCGAUGUGCGUGAACCAGACGAGCUGGAAGCAGGAUUUAUUCCAGGAGCCACUAACAUUCCCUUGGGAGACGUGGAGCAGGCCCUCAGACUGAACCCAGAUCAGUUUAGAGAGCGCUACAGCGUCCCGAAGCCCGGUAUAGAGGACUCAGACUUUGUGCUGUACUGCCAGAGGGGCAUCCGCAGCCUCACCGCGCUGGAGACCGCAAGAGAUCUGGGAUACAGCAAGGCCUGUCAUUAUGCUGGAGGAUACAAUGAAUGGAUUGAGCUGGACCCUCAGUAAACGCUCUGUGAAGGACUGUGAAGAUGAUGACUGAAAUGUAUACAGCACUCGACUGUUAAAAUGA